AUGACUCACCACGAAGGAGACUCGGCCUCUCGCGUACUUGCGACUAAAUGCGAACAUCAAGUCCUAGAACCUGUCGAUUCGCCUGCUGCAGCGCCAGUAUCACUCGUACACGAAGAAACAGACAAAAAUGCCACACUUCAGACUCAGGAAAGGGACGAAGAGGCUGUAAAAACCGUAUCCCAUACAUCGACUGAAGUACUAGAAUAUGGGUCCUUCUAUGUUGAUUUCGAAGAUGGAGACAGGCGGAAUCCAGUCAACUUCUCCCUUGUCAGGAAGUGGGUAAUCACGAUAAAUGCCUGCGCCUUUACGGGUAUUGUAGCUGGCGCCGCGUCUUCAUAUACCAUGGGUUAUUCAUCGAUGACCAGAGACCUCAACUGUACAUUAUUCCAAGCAUCUGUGGGAUUGAGCGUGUACCCUUUAGGAUUUGCACUCGCACCCCUGGUCACUUCGUCGUUCAGCGAGGAAUUCGGCCGCUUUCCUUUUUACAUAGUCUCGUCUUUCCUGUUUUUGUUGACCGAAGUGAUGAUAGCUUUGGCGCCGAACAUACAGAUCGUCAUCGUAGCUCGUGCUAUCGGAGGAUGCUUUGGCUCGACGGGUGCAACACUGGUGGCUGGGACUAUCGCAGACAUAUGGUUGCCCCAUCAACGAGGAUUCCCGAUGUCCCUCUAUGCCUUGGCGGUUAUUGCAUCUUCUGGUUUAGGUCCUAUGAUUGCGGGCUGGAUUGAAGCCAAGCCAUCCCUGGAAUGGCGGUGGAUACAAUGGAUACAUGCUCUCAUAAGCGGGGUGUAUUUUAUCUCUGCGCUUGUAGUUAUGAGAGAGACUCGCUCGACCGUUAUCCUGGCUCAGAUGGCCCGUCAAACGCGAAAGGAUACCAGGGAUGGCCGAUAUCGUGCAAGAUCAGAAGAAAACAAGCCCUCCCUCAAGUCCAUGAUUGCGAUUUCAUGCACUCGUCCAUUACGUCUCCUGUUCACCGAACCCACAGUUCAGAGCUUUAGUCUCUGGAUUGGCUUUGUAUGGGGAGUUCUCUACUAUUUAAUCGACUCGGUGUCGGGCGAAUUCAAAGACGUAUACGGGUUCGGGGUCGGAGAGACAGGGAGUGUUUUCACCACCAUAGCCAUUGGAAGUCUUCUAGGUUACGUGGCUAAUGCGUACCAAGAAAGACUAUACAAAAAAUAUGUCCACCGCAAAGGCCAAGAAGCUCGUCUUUACAUAGCUUGCGUAUCAUCUAUAACCCUUCCUGCCGGAAUGCUCCUCUUUGCGUGGACCGCCCGAGCAGAUAUCCCGUGGGUAGUUCCCCUGAUCGGCCUUACGCUUUUCAUGACCUCCGCUUUCGUUAUAUAUCAAGUUGUAUUCGUCUACUUGGCAGAUUGUUAUGGGCCCUAUGCAUCCUCAGCACUGGCAGGUCAGAGCCUAUGUCGAAACAUACUGGCGGCUAUCUUCCCGCUCAUCACGACCCGAAUGAACGACCUCUUGACGUACAAAUGGGCGGGCACUGUCUUUGCGCUAAUAGCGGCCAUCAUGAUCCCCAUACCAUAUAUUCUUUUCUUUUAUGGGUCGAGAAUACGACGGCGCAGCCCUGUCUCCCAGAAGAUCCUGGAGAUCGAGGAAGAACAAAAGAAAUUAGACUUGGAAAAGUUGUAA